AUGGUCAGCCCAAGACAAAACCUGGCGAACGCACUAAGUGAGGCAGGGGUAGAAUUCCCACCAUCGGCCACAGCACAACAGUUGCGUAACCUUCUGCGGAGCGUGGUGGGAACUGAUGAAGGUGCCGCGAGCUUUGCUCCUGAAGACGCUGCCGAUGCCGACAGUGAUGGUGCUGUCAACAAUGGAACAGACGCCUUGAACUCCUCGAUUCCGUUCGAUUGUACUGCCGCUGCCGCCUAUAAUCAAACAACUACUACUACAGAUGCCGAUUCCGAUACUGCCGUCGCCGCUAUUGGCACUACCGCCGCCACCACAAACACUGCCGGAGAGACGAAUAAGGACCAGCGAGACACGCUAGCGCUUCGUGACUUAGACGAAGAGGUCAUAGCAUUGAAGAAAAGAAUCGAAAUUCUAACACUGAGGAAACGGGUGGAAGAACUUGAGUGCCGAGUCCCCAAAGAAAACAAGCGCCGUUUAGAUUUCGGAGAUAUCGAGCACGCUCUCCCAAAGUUCAACGGGGAUGACGUGUCAUACUCAGUUCUCCACUUUUUACGCGAUUUCGAGGAGAUUAUGAAUACAUCAGGAGCAGACGAUAGCUUCAAACUACUGGCACUCCGCCGUUCUUUAAAAGGAACGGCACGAGUCUUCUUGUCAACCACAACCGCACUAAAUUACGACUCUUUAAAGACGGCAUUGACCGCUGAGUUUGGAAAAGCAAUCACGCAGCAAGAAAUUUACAGAAUGUUAGCGCAGCCGAAUGAAAGUAUGAACAUACCAGUUAUUUUGGGACGUGACUUCUUGAGAAUUUUCAAUAUUGAAUUAAGAAAUGGUAUUAAGAAAUAUAGCAAGGAAAAAUUAUUAGAAAUAAGAGAUAGAUCUAAGUCGUAUGCAUCUGUGACUACUCAACCAGUAAUUGGCUCCGACAUACACCCUGCCGCUACUAUGCCGAAGCACUCUGGUGACGAACUCCACCAAAGUAAACCUAAUUCCUAUAGCAUACCUUCUGAAUUACCCGACAUUUUUAACAUCGACAUUUCUCGCAAAGCCGACGACGUUGACAUAGGCCCCAAACUGGGCAAACAUCAGCGAGACGUAUUAAAACGACUCAUUGACGAUACCUACUUCAGCAAUAGCGUGAAAGCCGAACCGUCCAACUACGAAAUGAAAAUACAUUUGACCAGCGACGUUCCAUUUCAUUGCGCUCCCCGCAGGCUCUCUUACGCUGAGCGAAGCCAAGUGCAAGCUAUCAUAGACGAACUGCGCCAAGAUGGAAUAAUACGACCCAGCAACUCUCCGUAUGCUUCUGCUAUCGUACUAGUAAGGAAAAAGAAUGGGAAAAUACGAUUGUGUGUAGACUAUAGGGCAUUAAAUAAAUUAACCGUAAGGGAUAACUACCCAUUACCCCUGAUUGACGACUGUAUUGAUUACCUGGAGAACAAGAAAUUCCUCUCGGUACUCGAUCUGAAGAGCGGAUUUUACCAAGUGCAGAUGGCUCCUGAGUCGAUCAAGCUCACCGCAUUCGUGACCCCAAAUGGCCAAUACGAGUAUCUAAAAAUGCCUUUUGGUCUGAAGAACUCUCCCGCAGUAUUCCAGCGUUUCAUAAAUAACGUCUUCCGAGAUAUGAUCGACGAUAGAAAAAUCAUCAUCUACAUGGACGACAUUCUUGUUGCAACCGAGAAGUUCAAAGAACACGAAAAUUUAUUGCAAGCCGUACUAGAACGACUUGCCCUUCGGGAUUUGGAACUUAAUUUAAACAAAUGUAAAUUCGGGUAUGAGGAAAUUGACUACUUAGGAUAUACUGUGACUCAUACAGGAAUACGGCCAAAUGACUCCCAUAUUAAGAGUAUACAGAAUUUUCCAAUACCUACUAAUCCAAAACAAUUACAAUCGUGUAUUGGCCUAUUUUCAUAUUUUCGUCGCUUCGAGCCGUCAUUUUCUCAGAUCGCCAAACCACUGCAAAACCUACUCAGAAGAAAUUCGGCAUUUAGCUUCGACGAAAAAUGCCUUGAUGCCUUUAACGAGCUUAAGUCUAGGUUAGUAAAAGGCCCAGUCCUGGCUAUUUAUAGUCCGGAACGGGAAACGGAACUACAUUGCGACGCUAGUAGCAUAGGCUUCGGAUCCGUACUGCUGCAACGCCAAGAUGACAAAAAGUUUCACCCUGUUUCAUACUUUUCUAAAACUGCUUCCAGCGCCGAAGCAAAGUAUCAUAGUUUUGAAUUAGAAGCUCUAUCUAUAAUAUACGCGUUGAGAAGGUUUAGGCCCUAUUUGGAGGGUAUACCCUUCACAAUAGUUACCGACUGUAAUUCACUGACAAUGACCUUGGAGAAAAAACAAUUGAACCCUCGAAUAGCCAGAUGGGCUCUGGAGUUCGAAAAUUAUAAUUAUAAAAUAAAACAUAGACGAGGAGCCUCCAUGGGCCAUGUUGAUGCCCUAAGCAGGCGAGAGAUCGCCCACAUAAUAAACGCAGACGACGUCGAAUUCCAACUACAGGUCGCUCAGGAGCGGGACAAAGCUAUUGAAUCAAUACGUAAUCGUUUAGAAAAUGAACAUCUAAAUCAUUACGUUUUAGUAGAUGGACUUGUAUAUAGGGAAAUGGCAAAUGGUUAA